CAAAGUUCAGCAAAGUAUAUACCUCUGACGGACACACGCCACAGGGACAAGUCUGUCUGAUGACAGCGACGAUGGGUGAACAGAAAGUAACACGAUAGCAGGCAAUUUAUCAACCUACUUCAUCAAGGCAAAGUUCGAGGACAAACAUCUCCAGAAAGAAGUCCGUCAAGGCACAGUUCGAGGACAAAUAACUUCAGAAAGAAGUCCGAAAGUUCAAGGAAGACGCCGCCAUGAUGUACCGCCUGCUUAUCGCAAACUAUCGUUUACUGAAAUAUCUACUCUUUUUCUCUGUGAUCCUUGUAAUUCUAUUGGUAAACAACACGUUAAGGGAGUACGCUGAACGUGUUAAAAGUAUUGACAUAACCAAGGUUCUUGAAAACAAGGUUUUUUACAGCGAUAAAAUAUAUGACAUCCAUGACCACAGCCACAACGAAGUGGAUGAAUUCUUUGACUAUUCCACCUCACAGAACUGCACCGUGCGGGACUUACUGCUCAGCGCGGAUCCCUCCUUUCAUACUGUAAAUCAGGAUGUAUUCUGUGACGAAAAGGCAAAAAGCAGUGACGUCAUAUGUAGGUGGUUCUUCACACAAAUUGGAAUGAGCGACAUCCAUGAUGAAAAUGCAUGCAGGCGUACCGGAAGUGACUCCAAAGUACCCAAAAUUGUGUAUUACGUCAUCUUCGGGCCAUACACGUUUCAGUUCUAUCAUUACGUAAGUGUCGUGAGCGCCAGGCGGUUUAUCAACCCUUCAGCCAUCUACCUGAUAGGAGACGCCCACCCCAAUGGGGACUGGUGGAGACAGGUUCUGAGGGACGUUCCGGGAGUGAGGUUCAUCUACAGGGAGAAGCCCCCGGGGAUAAACGGCAAAACAGUCCAGUGGAAGCACCACUUGUCUGACCUUGUGAGAUUACAGGCGCUGUAUGCUAACGGCGGCAUCUACCUGGACACUGACAUGGUGGUCACUCGACCCCUGGAACCUCUUCUGGAUUACGACAUCACAAUGGGGCUACUGGACAACGGCACCGGAAUGGGCAACGCCAUCAUCCUGGCCAAGAGGGGGUCCAAGUUCGUCAGAGAGUGGUAUGAAGGAUAUCGGACGUACAACAAUAAAGAGUUUUACAAGAACUCGCUCCACGUCCCCCGGGAUAUGUGGCACAAGAACCCCAAGAGCAUCCACAUGGAAUCUGACAGACUGUACCGGCCGAACUGGUUCGAGUCGGACUUGCUGUUUAAGAGGAACGACUAUCCCUGGAGGGACAACUAUGCUAUACACGUGUGGACCAAUCAAAACCCACUCCCUAAAGGGUUUUCUGACAUUAACCGUUUAAACACCACCCUCGGGCAGAUAUUCCGCCAUGUUUUAUAUGGAAGUACAGAUUAUAAAACUGACGACACGUGAGGUAACACAACAGUUGGGCCUGUAUUUAUUGUUUAAGCUGUGUGGCCAUGUAUGAGGCAGAGUUUAUGUUGUGCGUGAUCGUGUCCCAUGUUAUUAUUAUAUUAUAUUAUACAUUUAAAUAUUAAUACCGCACUUUUCCAGGUACUAUAGUAUUAUUAGUUAUGGUGUCUUUAGUUGCCGUAUACGUGUCACAUUUUUCUGCUAACCUAGUAUGACACCGUAUAUGGCAACUAAAGACACCAUAACGAAUUUAUUAUGCCGAUAAGUGCACUAUUUGGUAUCUUUGACGCACAUGUCAUGUCAAAAUGAAAACUACAACCGGUAUAAAUGACAGGACCAGUUGGAGCUUGAACCUUCAUAGAGUGAGGGCGAAACUGUAUGAACGUCGGAGCUUGAACCUUCAUAGAGUGAGGGCCAAACUGUAUGAACGUCGGAGCUUGAACCUUCAUAGAGUGAGGGCCAAACUGUAUGAA